CACACCGUGUUUGAAUAAAUUUUAAUGUAAAAUAACUAAAAUAUUAAAUUAAUUACAAAAAAAAGUAUAAACAGUUAAUUAAACUAUAACAAUACAGUAUUAAUAUCUGAACUGAUAACUUAAAAACUUCUAACUAUAAUCGUUUUAUUUAAUUUGGCAUCAUUAAUUUACAAUGGCAGCCAGUGAUUCGGCAGGCGACGAUUCUCUGUAUCCCAUCGCUGUUCUUAUUGAUGAAUUAAAGAAUGAAGACGUACAGUUACGUUUGAAUUCAAUAAAAAAAUUAUCAACAAUUGCGAUUGCACUAGGAGUCGAAAGAACAAGAUCUGAAUUAAUUCCAUUUUUAACGGAAACAAUUUAUGAUGAAGAUGAGGUCCUCUUAGCUUUAGCUGAACAAUUGGGUGGCUUCACAAAUCUAGUUGGUGGUCCCGAUUAUGCACAUUGUUUAUUACCACCAUUGGAGAGUUUAGCUACAAUCGAAGAAACUGUUGUGCGUGAUAAAGCUGUAGAAUCAUUGCGGAAUGUUGCCCAACAACACAGUCCAAGUGAUUUAGAAACACAUUUUGUGCCACUUGUACAACGUUUGGCUGCUGGCGAUUGGUUUACAUCACGUACAUCAGCUUGUGGUUUAUUUGCUGUAUGUUAUCCACGAGUUUCAGCUGCCGUUAAAGCUGACCUUCGUUUACAUUUCCGUGCAUUGUGUCAAGAUGAUACACCAAUGGUACGACGAGCUGCUGCCUCCAAAUUGGGAGAGUUGGCGAAAGUUGUGGAAGUGGAAUACCUUAAAACAGACGUGAUUCCUAUGUUUGUAAACUUAGCACAGGAUGAUCAGGCAAGUUCCGAUUCGGUAAGAUUAUUAGCUGUUGAUGCAUGUGUCAGUAUCGCUACAUUGUUAGAACAAGAAGAUGUUGAACAACUUGUAAUGCCGACACUCAGACAGUGUGCCACCGAUCAAUCAUGGAGGGUUCGUUAUGUUGUUGCUGACAAAUUCACAGACUUACAGCGUGCUGUAGGACCAGAAAUUACACGCACAGAUCUAGUACCAGCUUUUCAAAAACUUCUUAAAGACACCGAAGCUGAAGUACGAGCUGCUGCCGCACAUAAAGUCAAAGAUUUUUGUCAAAAUUUGGAUAAAGCACAUCAAGAAAAUAUUAUCAUGACAUCAGUUUUACCAUAUGUUAAAGAUUUAGUAGCAGAUCCAAAUCAACAUGUAAAAUCAGCAUUAGCAUCUGUAAUAAUGGGUUUAAGUCCAAUACUUGGUCGUCACAAUACAAUCGAACAUUUAUUACCACUAUUUUUAUCACAAUUAAAAGAUGAAUGUCCUGAAGUACGUUUGAAUAUCAUUUCAAAUUUAGAUUGUGUUAAUGAAGUUAUUGGUAUUCAACAAUUAUCACAAUCAUUAUUACCAGCAAUUGUUGAAUUAGCAGAAGAUUCUAAAUGGCGUGUAAGAUUUGCAAUUAUAGAAUAUAUGCCAUUAUUAGCUGGACAGUUGGGCCAAGAGUUCUUUGAUGAAAAAUUAAAUGCAUUAUGUAUGACAUGGCUAGUUGAUCAUGUAUUCGCAAUACGUGAAGCGGCAACAUUAAAUUUAAAAAAAUUAGUGGAACAGUUUGGAGCGGAAUGGGCUGAAAAUACAGUAAUACCUAAAGUGCUUGCCAUGUCCAGAGAUCAAAAUUAUUUACAUCGUAUGACAUGUUUGUUUUGUAUUAAUGUAUUAGCUGAAGUAUGUGGUAGUGAUAUUACAACAAGAUUAUUAUUACCAACGGUUCUCUCUAUGGCGAAUGAUGGUGUUGCAAAUGUACGGUUUAAUGUUGCGAAAACAUUACAAAAAAUUGGACCACAAUUGGAUCAUGGCGUUAUUCAACCACAAGUCAAACCCAUUCUUGAUAAAUUAAAUAUUGAUACAGAUGUUGAUGUUAAAUAUUUUGCGUCAGAAGCUAUGGCUAGUAUUGCAGCUUUAGGUUGAACUACUGGAACGGUGUAUUUAGCUAGAGAAGGUUUUUUUCAAAUGGAAGCAUUUUUUCAAAAUUCGUUACAAAUUCAUAAUUAAAUUGUAGGAAUUUUUGUCUGACAUAAUAAUUAA